CGAUCAUGGGUUCUUCUUCUAGAAAUUUGUAUGCAAGAAUAGGUGAAGGGCAAUCAACCACACGGCCACCUCUUUUUGAUGGAACCAAUUAUACAUAUUGGAAAGAACGAAUGAGAAUCUAUAUUCGUUCCACGAACUUCCAAUUAUGGUUGGUUAUCAAAAACGGGGAAGAGGUGCCAAUGAAGAAAGUUGGAGACAAGUUGAUCCCCAAGACCGAAGACGAGUUUGAUGCUGAGGACAUCAAAAAGGUCGAGAAUUAUGCAAAGGCAAUAAACAUGCUUUAUUGUGCCGUAAAUCCUGAUGACUACCGCAAGAUCUCUUGCUGCUCAACCGCCAAAGAGAUGUGGGAUAAACUUGAGGUGACGUACGAAGGAACGGACCAAGUACGUGAAGCCAAGAUUGACUUCCUCACCAAAGAAUAUGAGAUGUUCAGGAUGAAGGAGCACGAGAAGAUUGACGACAUGUUCGACCGAUUUUCCAAGAUAGUCAACGAUCUCCAUGCAUUAAAGAAGACAUACACCGAUAGGGAUCUUGUGCGAAAGAUCCUACGGAGCUUGACAUCCGAAUGGCGAUCCAAGGCUGAUGCCAUCUAUGAAUCAAUCGGCACAUCAAAUGUCACCAUCGACGGUCUAAGAGGCCAGAAGUUCUGCAAACUUCUAAGAAAGAAAGAAAAGGUUGAGGAUGGCCCUGUGUGCUAUGGAUUUGGAGAAGCCGGGCACAUCAAGAACAAAUGCCCGAAAAGCGAAAGGAACGCUCGACACUUCAAAAGGCAAAGGGCGUAUAUCUCUUGGGGUGGCGACUCCGGCGACGAGUCAACCGAUCAAGACGAGGAUGAAACUGCCAACCUCUGUCUCAUGGCGCACAAAGACCAACCCGACGAUGUACAAGAGGUACAUAUCAAAGUGAGGAACUCAGGGGGAACCAGCGAUGAGUGGUUUAUCCCAUCGCUGGGAAGGAAGUAUUUUCUAACCAGCAACCCUCUUCCCAUCGAUGAGAACUUCUUCCCAUCGCUGGGUGUUUGACACUUUUUUUAAAAAAUUUUUUUAACGGAUUUCCAGUAGCUGUCUUCCCAUGGAUGGGAGAACCUUACCAUCGCUGGGAAGGCUGCCUUCACUUUUUCCUCCAUUUCAAGUACAUGUCUUCCCAUCGAUGGGAGAACCUUACCAUCGCUGGGAAGCCUGUUGCAGUUCAAAAAUCAUAGCUGUUAGGCACCUCAUUCAAUGACCAACAGCCAUAUUUUUUAACACCAAGGGCCCAAAUUCUCUUUUCCUAUAAAUAUUAACCAUCCUU